GUAAAACGUAUAACCAUUUUGCAGCUAAUCUCUCUCGCACUCACGCAAGCACCACGCAAGUGAUAGAUCACCUUAACUCUCCACUAUAGCAUGAAUUCAGAUUAUGCUCGAACUAUAUAGAACAAUAGAAUUAUAACAUUAAACAAUGGCGGCGUUCUUGGUCCAAACGUGUUUAAAACAAAGGUGGAUGUUCGGGAUAGAUCCAUACGCGGUGACAAGAAUCAGUGCUUGUCAUAAACUAUGUAUCGAGUGUCACUGUUAUCAUACCACACCAUUAUAUUUCAAAAAAAGGAAAACGGCAGAAGAGCGGAAAAAAAAAAUGGUCCCAAUUUUAACAAAACCAAAAUCCACGGUUGUUGAUAUUUGGAGGAACAUGACUGUGGCAGAGUUGGCUACAGCUACUAAUAGAUCGGUAAAUCAAGUUUUGGAAGCAAUUUCAUAUUCGGACACCGCAGUUUAUAAAAGCAACACUAUCAUAGGCAAUCACUAUGUUCUGUACGAUGCAGUGAGAAAACUUGGAUUGAAAUUCCGAAUGGCAUCGAAACCAACAGAUUCACAUACUAUGGAAAUUAAACAUGAUGCUGUAAAGCGCCCUCCACCGGAUCCAGCUGUUUUAGUGAAAAGACACCCUGUUGUAACAGUUAUGGGUCAUGUGGACCAUGGAAAAACAACUCUCUUGGAUAGUCUAAGGAAUACAUCAGUGGUAGCAUCAGAAUUUGGUGGAAUAACCCAACACAUUGGGGCCUUUAAUGUAACGUUAGCCAGUGGUGAAAGGAUGACAUUUUUGGACACUCCGGGCCACGCUGCUUUUAAAGCGAUGCGAGAGCGAGGAGCAAAUACAACAGAUAUGGUGAUUCUUGUGGUAGCCGCUGAUGACGGUGUAAUGGAACAAACAGUGGAAAGCAUUCGGAUGGCCAGGGAGGCAAAUGUUCCCAUAAUCGUGGCUAUUAACAAGAUCGAUAAGCCCACUGCCGACAUUGAAAGAACCCAAAGGAUGUUAUCACAGCAGGGUAUUCUGGUUGAAGAGCUCGGGGGUGACAUACAGAGUGUAAAUAUUUCCGCUUUACAUGGUACAAACUUGACAGCUCUCGUUGAGACUGUUGCUACGCAAGCGGAAUUGAUGAACCUCAAAGGAGAUCCUACAGGCUUUGCAGAAGGCGUUGUUAUCGAAGCGAGCACGGAUCCUGGACGAGGGAAACUCGCCACAGUUCUCAUACAGCGUGGAACUCUCAAUAAAAGAGCAGUUCUUGUCAGUGGAGUAGCGUGGGCUAAAGUUCGUUCAAUGUUCGAUCACGCUGGUCAACCGCUGAGUGAAGCUAAACUUUCGGAGGCGGUGCAAAUAAUAGGAUGGCGUGACUUGCCAGCAGCAGGUGAUGAAAUAUUGGAGGUAGAAAACGAGCGCAAAGCUCACUUGAUUAUGCAGUAUCGACAAUCCAAACAGGCUGAACAAAGAGCUCUGGAAGAAGUGAAAUUCAUCGAGAAAAAACAGGCCGAGCACCAAGAGGUAUACAAAGCUUACUUGGAGAAAAAGCGAUCUUCAAGAAUUGGUAGAUACAGACCGUUAUCAAGUGUAGGACCAAGGAAAAAAGAGAUUCAAGACGAUGGGGUACCGAAACUGAAUAUACUGCUAAAAGGCGAUGUCGCCGGAUCCAUCGAAGCUAUUCUCGAUGUUUUUGAUACGUACACUGACGAGGAUCGUUGCCGUUUACAUAUAGUUCACUAUGGUGUUGGUCCUUUGACAGAAUCGGAGGUAGAAUUGGCCCAAGCGUUUGAAGCGAUCAUAUAUUGCUUCAAUACAAGUACAACUCCAUCUGCUGCUACAAUCGUUGAAGAAAAUAAAUUACCAGUUCGGCAUCAUAAAAUAAUUUAUAAAUUGGUGGAUGAUGUGAAAGGGGAAAUCACGAAAAGACUUCCACCAGGUGAAGCCGAAGAAAUAUUUGGUAAAGCAAACGUUUUGCAAUUAUUUGUAAUUACGGAGAGAAAGAAAAAGUGGAACGUUGCGGGAUGUCGAUGUACCGAAGGUUUAUUGAAAAAACGAGCCAUGUUUAAAUUGAAAAGAGAUAAUAGGAUUAUAUAUGAAGGAAAACUGGCAUCUAUGAGGCACUUGAAGAGCGAAGUAGAUAGUAUAAAAAAUGGUGUGGAAUGCGGCUUGAGGUUCGAGGACCCUAAUGUUUCGAUAGAACCUGGUGAUACUCUCAUCUGCUACAGAACUUACGAGACCCCACCGGAAACCAACUGGGAUCCUGGUUUUUAAAGAUAUUCACUGUACUGGUGUAACUACAGGAGAGUGCGCAAGAAGUCAUAAUUUUGUGAAAAUUGCGGGAAGAAUAAACGUGCGGAAAUUGUAAAUAACAUUCA